GAGGAGGCUGGUACAGUUUUGUUCCUGUUUAUUACUGUUCCACCAUGUCAGGACAGAUUUGUACUUACAUAUGCCGAGAGGCAGUAACAACCGACUGAAUGAGGCCACAGCAACAAGGGCCAAUGCUAACAGGGUGUUUGAUUCUCAGAACAACAACAGAGGGGGUUACAAUGUGGGAGAUGUAGAUGAUGACAAGUCAGGGAACAACGAAGGAAAACAGUAUAGAAUGCAAUAUUUCCAAAGUGCGUCGGCUACCCCCAAUGUGAAAGACAAGACUUACCUGACGGUGGAAUGGACCAAUCAACACGGAUGUGGGGGGAGUGAGAACACUAACCCCCAGAAACAGAACUGUCACAUGGUGCUGCAGUACAUGUGUCAGGACGAUGUGUUCUCACCUGUAGGCACAGCAGACACUUUAAGAAAUGGUGUCACAACUCAAACUCCGAAUCACAACAGGGCCGGCAGUUUAAACGAGAACAAAAAUACGGCACAGAACAGAAAGAAUAACAAUAUCAAUACAGAGAGGGUGCUGCAGGAAUCAUGGGAUUGGUACGACAAGUGUUACCUGAGGGAGAGAAACAGAGGACUGUUCAAUGCUGACCAGGAGCUGAAGUCAAACAAUGGACUAGGAUUUAGCAGCGCCAUCUAUACCCGUCAGAAUCCCAAUGGGAAUCGCUAUGGUUAUGAGUGCCCGGAGGAGCGGGAUCACUUUCCAUACUGGCACCCCACCCCCUGGACAGACAUCGCUGUCCUCACUGAUAAUACAUCUUUGUGUAGUUUCUUUGUGGAUGGGAGUUUUAACAGGCAGGCUUAUGGCGAGUGUAUAGAGGAGUAUGGAGAUGGCAGUCGUAAACACUGGUCUCGCUGGAACAACAGAGAACAGUGUACAGAAAACGGGGGACAGUGGGUGGAGUUUAGCAGUUACAUCGAAAAGGCUACUCAAAUCACCAGUGAAGCUCAGUGCACGUCUCAAGCAGGGCAGGGAAACAGAUACAUCUGGGCGGUGCCGUAUGAUGCCACUGACGUGAACAAGAAAGAGUGUCUAGUGCAGGCCCCACCUCUAGACUGUCAACAAGCGGACUGGUCAAGGUCAAAUCACCUUGGGAAUGGUAUAAAUGGAGAGGCCAAUCGUUACAUGUGGACCCUGCCUUAUUUCCCAUCCAACAACGAAAAGAGAUGUGUGUUUAGAAUGAGGUACAACAUUUCAACAGAUGACUAUGCCCCCUAUUCCACUGACAGCUCUAGGAACUUAAAUGAUGGAAUAGAGGGGAUUGCCUCCCCUAUCGAGGAUAACCCUUAUGUUGACGUGGGGGGUAGAUCUACCCUUCGACUUAACAUCAACACUGACCAGACAGGGCGUAUAUUCCAGGACCGCAGUCAUCUCUUUAAGCUCCUCCCCCGAUCUUCCUCCAUCCAAUCAGAUAACAUCUUCAACAUAAAUGUACGAGGAAAGCGGGGAAACAUAGUGCAGACAUACCCAGCCGUGGAGUAUGAUUUUAUCCCUAAUAAACUACAGCUGUCAGAAUCGGACUCCGUACACAUACAGUGGACGGGCUCAAACUCACAUAACAAUGGCGGGGGUGGAGGGGAUGGACAGGCAGGGGAUGAGGGUCAGGGAACAGGAGGCACCGAUAGAAGCAAUAUUGUACAGAUUGCUGACCUGAAUGAUAAUUUUCCAAUGCCUUUUGAAAAGACCAACAUGUGGGCUAAUGCUGACAUUCGCUGGAUAUACCACGGUAAAACUGACGUCUCCCCAGAAAAUCUAGCUGUCUCCAUGGCAUCUGCUGGCUAUUACAGAUGCAUAAAGAAAGUAGAUUGCCCAGAGGCAGAACACAAUAACUACAUUGUGGAAACCAAGACCAAAAUGAAUGAUUUACUUAACAAUGCCCCCGCCUCAUUCACUGGUGCGGUCCUGAGAUUUAAAAAGGGAACAUAUCAUUACAUGUCAACCAGAAAUAACAACUUCUCCAACAGAAGUCAGAAAUCAACACUGACUGUUGUAUAAGCCUUAUUUAAUUAUCAUUAAUUAUUAAUUACCACAUGAGAUUAUUGAUUACAAUGACUUGCCAAUACAUAGCCAUAUCAAAUUGUGCUCAAGCAGCUCUUGGUAUUUUUACCUCUUUGUUUCUUUCGUAUAUUUAUAGCUCAGGACAUUUGUCUUACAUUCCUACUUUUCAUCAUUUAAAAUCAAAAUCAAAUUUAUAUGACCAAGAAAUAUUGUCUCAUUUUGUUUUGAGUUUACAUAUGAAGGCAUUCUGUAUCGAUUUAUACCUGUAUUUUAGAUAGAAAACUAUUGAAGAUCAUGCUCAUUUUUUCUGUUCACUAAAUAAUUUGUAGACCAAGGAGAUUAGACAAAAAUACAUUUUGAUAUAAAAAAAAUCAUAGGGAUUCCAUCAUAUUUAUUUGUAUUUACUGUUAUGUGUUCAUUUGUAUGUUUUUGAUUUACUUUACCAAAUAUGAUGAUUUAGAGUAAAGUGAUUACAUUUCCAACUCACCCCCCCCUUUUUUUUCAAGAUGGAAAAUCAAAUUCACCAUCACAGUACAAGCCCAUUGAUCAAAGACCAUUUUUACACAUAAUUUUUAAUAACUAACUCACUAGUAAUAACACCAUAGGUAAAUCAUUGAAUUCACCAUUGUUCAUAAUAUUUAUUUGUCCUUUAUGCAUGUAUAUUUUAUCUAUGUACAUAACCCCCUACGGCUCUACAAAGUCUAAGUGCUGUGUUAUAACCUGCAGGAUCAGGAAUAGAUUGUUAUUGUAUAUUAUUGCAAUAUUUGAUGCAGAGAAACUUUUUAAAAACAUAAAAAAAUAAUAUGUAUUAA